AUAAUUUAAAUUGUUCUAGGUACUUGGGACUACAAAAUUACCCACCAAGAGAAUUUAACCCAUUGCUUAGUCACAAAGAAAAUUGUUACCGAUAUUCAUUUUUGAAAAGUAGACAACAACAACUUUGUGACCUCGGAGAAAAAAUUAUGAGUGUUGUGAGUAGUGGGACAAAAAUGGCUAUUGAGGAAUGCCAAUAUCAGUUUAGCUCUCAAAGGUGGAAUUGUAGCACGUAUUCAAAUAACACGUCCGUGUUUGGAAACGUAUUAUCAUAUAAAAGUAGAGAAAAGGCAUACGUGAAUGCUAUCACAUCGGCUGGAGUAGCAUAUGCAAUCACAAAAGCAUGCUCAAGAGGUGAACUGAACGAAUGUAGUUGUGACAACAAAAUUCAAAGAAAACAAGUUAAAAAGAAUUGGCAAUGGGGAGGAUGUUCGGAGGAUAUACGUUUCGGUGAAAAGUUUAGUCGUGAUUUUGUCGAUUCUAUAGAAGAUAUCGAUAGUGUUCAAGGGCUAAUGAACGUACACAAUAACGAAGCUGGCCGAAGGAUUAUUCGCUCUAGUAUGCAAAAAGUAUGCAAAUGCCAUGGUAUGUCAGGUUCAUGUAGUGUACGGAUUUGUUGGAUGAAACUUUCAUCGUUUCGAGAUAUAGGCGAUUCGUUGAUGGUGCGAUAUGAA